AUGCAGAAAAGUCGGAUUUUCUUCAACAGAGAUUAUGCCACUGGUGGUAUUUUUUCUCCUUCUUCCACUCUUUCUCGGUUCAAGAUUUUCAUAGCUCCCAAUCAUUCUGAAGCCUCUGCAAAUAAUAACCAAACCAAUAUAAAAACAACUCUUGAAAGUGCUUUGAGCUUGUUUGAUGAAAUGCUCCGAAUCCGUCCUCAGCCUUCUGUUGUUCGUUUCACUCAGUUGUUGGGCGAAAUUGCCAAAAUGAAACGUUAUUCUUCUGCGAUUUCUCUAUACAAGGAAAUGGGUCUUCGAGGAAUCCCGACUAAUGAUUAUACUCUCAACAUUGUGAUUCAUUGCUUCUGUCGUUUGAAUCAGAUGAAUUAUAGUUUGUCUGUCUUGGGAAAAUUCGCUAAAUCUGGUUAUGAACCAGACUCUGUGACGCUGACUAGUCUAAUGAAUGGGUUUUUGAUAGAAGGAAAGGUCGAUGAGGCAGCUGAAUGCUACCGAAAAAUGACCAGUGGGGGAUGUAAGCCUGAUAUCAUCACUUGUGGCGUAUUGCUAAAUGGUUUUUGUAAAUUGGGCAAAACUACUGCAGCUGUUGAGUUUCUAAGGAGUAUGGAAAAAGACAGGAACUGCAAGCCUAACAAAGUUGCUUAUAGUACGGUUAUUGAUGGCCUUUGCAAGGACGGGCUAGUUGCUGAUGCUCUCAAUCUCUACUCAGAAAUGAGAGGUAAAGGUGUCGUUCCAGAUGUUGUGACUUACAACUCCUUAAUUCAUGGAGCGUGCAUGUUUGGCAAAAGGAAUGAAGUUAUAAGAUUAUUUAAUGAAAUGAUAGGCCGAAAAAUCACUCCCGAUGUCCGAACUUUCAAUGUCUUGGUGGAUGUGCUUUGCAAAGAGGGGAUGGUCGGAAAUGCACGGUGUGUGAUGGGGAUUAUGGUACAGAGAGGCAUCAAACCUGAUGUGGCAACAUAUAAUUUGCUUAUGGAAGGUUAUUCCUUGCAACGACAAGAAUUUGGAAAGAGAAUGGAAACCAUCCAUAUAGUUGCACUUUUGAUGCAAUGAUCUGAGGAUUUAUUGCCAAUCGUGAGAUAUUGAAAGCGCUGCAACUUGCUAAUAAAAUGUUGGAUAUGCUUCAACUGUGGAGUUGUUUGAUGAUUUGGUGGCUAAUGGUGCAUUAGAUUCUUCCUUGCGACCACCGAUACUAAAGGUUAAAAAAAAAAAAGAAACUAUCAACACAACCUUUCAUGGUAAUUUUAUGUUGCACAUUUCAAUUUUACUAUCGAUACAACCUUUUUGAACUUAAACGUGUAAUUUGAUAGAUAUUUCUCCGUUUUAAAUCGUUCAUUUAUUA